AUGGCGCGCCGCGAGCAAGCGUUGCUCCGGAGCUGCCCACUCGGGAACCAGCCCCAACACCGCGCGGUGGGCGGGGCCGUGGCCGUGAGCCCGCCCCACCGGGCCGUGCCUCACCCUCCCCAGGCUCCGCCCCCCGAGCGGAGCGGAGCGCGGGAGGGAGCCGGAAGUGCGCCGGGUGAGCUAGCGCCCCGUCCGUCCGCGUGCUGUUCUCUGGAGCAGGGUCAGGGUUUUCACUCCUUUCCAUUUCAACAAAGGAUGGCCGAAACUCUCAACAUGGCGGUGACGAUUGACCAGCAGAUGCCAGCAGAAGCUCCUGCCCAGGAACCUGAACCUGUACCAGAGGCUCCAAAGAGAAGGAAAAGAAAAACCAGAGCAUCAGAACCCCAGGACCCCGUGGAACCCAAAAAACCUACUGGGUCAAAAAGAUCUGGCAAGUCCACAAAGUCAAAAGAGAAGCAAGAGAAGAUUACGGACGCGUUUAAAGUGAAGAGGAAAGUGGACCGCUUCAACGGGGUUUCCGAAGCUGAGCUGCUCACCAAGACGCUGCCCGACAUCUUGACCUUCAAUCUGGACAUUGUGAUUAUUGAUAUCAACCCAGGACUGAUGGCUGCUUACAAAGGGCACCACUACCCUGGACCUGGAAACCAUUUCUGGAAGUGUCUGUUCAUGUCAGGACUGAGUGAGGUUCAGCUGAACCACAUGGAUGACCACACCUUACCCGGGAAGUACGGCAUUGGCUUCACCAACAUGGUGGAGAGGACGACGCCAGGCAGCAAGGAUCUGUCCAGUAAGGAAUUCCGGGAAGGAGGACGAAUCCUAGUGCAGAAACUGCAGAAAUACCAGCCACGAAUAGCGGUGUUUAAUGGAAAAUGUAUUUAUGAAAUUUUCAGUAAGGAAGUUUUUGGAGUAAAGGUUAAGAACUUGGAAUUUGGGCUUCAACCCCACAAGAUCCCAGACACAGAAACCCUCUGCUACGUCAUGCCGUCGUCCAGUGCCAGGUGUGCCCAGUUUCCUCGCGCCCAGGACAAGGUGCAUUACUACAUUAAGCUGAAGGACUUAAGAGACCAGCUGAAGGGCAUUGAACGGAACACGGACGUUCAGGAGGUGCAGUACACGUUUGACCUGCAGCUCGCACAAGAGGAUGCGAAGAAGAUGGCUGUUAAGGAAGAGAAGUAUGACCCGGGCUACGAAGCAGCAUACGGCAGUGCGUACAGCGGAAACCCGUGUGAUAGUGAACCCUGCAGCCUUCCUUCCAAUGGGCUAACCAGCAGUGCGGAGCUGAGAGGAGAAGCGGCUCCCGGCGACCUUGCAAAUGGGCAGUGGGUGGCGCAGCCGUGCACAGACCAGACCCCGUCCUUCAGUAACUGUGGGACACACGAGCAGGAAGGAAGCCAUGUUUGAAGGUGGCGCUUCUCAGCUCUGCCCGGUGCUGCAGUUUUAAUGCAGUCGGCAGGACCUCGAGCCUCGGUCUCCUGAAGACUUAGAAUAGUUCCUUACGCUAGGGUGUAAUUCUGUAUGGAGCAGCUGUCUGUACGGUAGAGUCAACUGUAUGAGCCUGUGUAGUUUGGAAGGAAAAAAUGGGCUGUUUUGUACCUGAGUUUUGUAUUUGAAUUACCCAUCAUUCCAGCUUUUUAUAUACUAUAUUUCAUUUAUGAAGA